AGAAGGAGGCUCUUGAAUCGAAAACCCUAAUCUUUGUCCUUCUCUUUUUGAUCUUAGAUCGCUAUAUUAUUGAGUUUUUCCAAUGUGGGCGUAGCUGUUAGUGCGGUGAGGUUGUUCGAUUUUGGAGUUUAGUUUACGACGUAUUGGUAUUACUUAGAUCGAGUGUCUGACCGUGGGCAGCGAUAAUUUCCUGUUUAAAUUCCAUGUGAUCGCUGUAAAGCUUUAGAUCCGUGUUUCCCCUAGAGGUAGCACAUGGAAUCUUUGGUGUUUUUGGCAAUUAGGGUUUUGUUUUGUCGUGUCUGCUCAAUUCGAUUCGAUUUCUGAUCCGUUUUUGAGGUCGAUCUAGUUUUUUUGAUGCAUUGAGUUAGGUUCGAAGGGACUCUGUCUCUGGAUAAUGUCAGGCAUAUGAUUUUGCUGAAUCCACAGAUGCAGAUGGAUUGGCAAGGGCAAAAACUGGCAGAGCAGCUGAUGCAGAUCCUGCUCUUGAUCUUCGGUGUCAUCGCAAUUGUUGCGGGAUAUUCAAUGGGUUCGUUUAGGAUGAUGAUGCUGGUCUAUGCAGGUGGCGUGGUUCUCACCACUCUGAUCACCAUUCCUAACUGGCCGUUCUUCAAUCGUCACCCUCUCAAGUGGUUGGACCCGAGCGAGGCCGAGAAGCAUCCCCGACCACUAGCAACCACGACUUCGAAGAAGAAAAACUCAAAGAAGUAGGCUUUGCUUUGAUAUCUUGUGUUUCUUCAUCUCAAACUUUAGACAUAACUAGACGGGAGUGUUGUUUUUUGGACAUCAGAUUCUCCAAGACAUUCAAAUCUUUAUAUUGAUGGUCCCAUUGUAAUGAGUUGAAAUGUUUCUGGAUUGUGAGCCUAAUAAACUUGAAAAGGUCUUUACUUUAUUACA